GGUUACUCCACAGAUGUGCAGGAAAGGACAGCAAGGACACGGAGACCAGCUCAGCUCAGAUCAGAUCACUUGUCGGCUCGGCUCAAACCCUCCGCCCUACAGGAACCCUGGAGCGAAGAGAUAAGGAGAAGGGCGCUGUAAUUUUAUACAGGAAAAGCAGGAAACGUGACAGUUUCCCUGUAGGAUAAACAGAGUAAGGCAGUAAGGCUGGCCUUGGAGGGGAUCCUGUGGAAUACAGGGAGGAGGAGGAGCGGAUAAAAAAAAGAUAGAGAGAGAGAGAGUGAGAGAGAGAGAGAGAGAGAGAGAGAGAGAGAGAGAGAGAGAAAGCAGAGAUUGAAGAAGGAAUCAUCUGGAGGUUGGAUGCUGAAAGAUUGAGGGAGCUGGAGGUCCAGAGUGAAUGUGCAUCUCGGCUGUGUUCUCCUCGGUCAGUCCAAACGGAGCAAUGGCCGGUAACAGCACGCAUCCCAUCCUUGAAAUCCUUCAGUCCUUCAGCACGAGAGACGUGAUCCUUGCUUUCUGUCUGUCCAUGGUGGUAGGACUCCUGCUGGGAGCUUUGGUGUACGUGGUCCUCACCUGGAUGGCGCGUCGUCGAGCGUCUGCCACCAUCACCCGCAUGCCAUCACCGCGCUCGUCGGGCCGCCCGUCGUCCCCACGUACUCGCCCGCUCGCCUUCAGCCGUCAAAGCAGUGCCUAUGACCGGCGUAGCAACAACAGCCUGGCCAGCGCCGCAUACACCUUCCAUCGGCAAACCUCGUCUUCACCCAUCGAUCACAGCGACCUGCUGGGUCGCAAGGACAGCUUCAGGGCCUCUACUUUCCACCCGCUGAUCCAGUGCAGCCAGAUCGCCCGCGAGGCCGAGGAAGGAAACCAUGGCACCCUGUCCAGCAGCCCCGGAGGCACCAUUACUAACAGCACUGCCAGCUCCAUGGUCACUCCACCAAGGCACAGACCUAGACCGAAUUCCUUCUGGGGCAACAGCAGUCUGGGAGGCAUCAGUGUCACACAGACCCCACCACCGGCAUAUAACAGCAUCAUUCGGGCCUAUCAGGAGACCUGCACAUGAAGGAUGAGUAUAGAACUCCCCCUGGUGGAGAAGGAAGUACAUAGACCCGGGGAUGAUCAGAGACUUGGCGAUCUCUUGUUGAAUUACAAUGCACAGUGAAAACAAAACUGUCAUUUUGAUUACUGUCAUUGAAAUAAACAGAGAGGGAGAAGAGAGAGAGAGAGCGAGAGAGAGAGAGAGAGAGAGAGAGAAUAAUUUCUGACACUUAAACUGGACAAGCCACUUUUACACAGCAUCAGUCACGCUCACUACCUGACUGUGUCAUGAGUGUCACAACUGAACGCUUCUGAAAAAUAUGUCUAUUCUCAGUAUGUUUUACUGACAUCAUUAGUAAAUAAAAUGAUUUAGACAUGA